AUGGGUGCCCUCAUGGGGUGCCUUGGCGUCUCUGUCGUGGCGCUGAGUUGGAGAGGCUCCACGGCCAGCAAGACCGGCCCCGACAAGGUCCAGAAGCGCUCGAGGCUCGCCAAGAAGAUCGAGGACAUGGCAAUGGCUGGCAGCACUGGUGUUUGCCGCACUCAGAUCUUCUUCUACUUCUUCUGCUUUGUCGCAAUGGUCGGCCUGUGCGGCGUGACCUUCGAGGCCUUCGUCGUGAGGUACACUCGGGGGCGCGGCGCUGCUGGGAAGGCCCGGAGGCUUGUCGAGACGGGCCUCGCCGGCGCGGGAGCUUUGCGGCUGGGGCGGGUCGCCUCGCUCGAGCCAUCCCGAUCCGCCGCACAAGUCCGCGUGGCCGCCGCCGCGCUGCUCGUCGGCAGGGUGGCCGCGUCUGCCACGGAUCCAUCAGGUGAGCUCCUGCCGUCAGCGGCAGCUCUCUCACCGGAGCCACCACACCAUGGCCGAAAGCUCUCUCACUGCGAAGCCAGUGGCCUCUGUGGCUACUGCUCCGCUUGCCCAACUUGCAGUGGCGUUGGCGGCAGCUGCUCCUCUUGCUGCCCUCAGCGCUCACCCCCACCGCCCUCUCCGACACCGCCUCUUCUACCCGACAUGGUGCAGCUGGGCUGCGAUUUCGAGGUCGACACUUGCAUCUGGAACGACACCGCGCCGGACGGGUACACUUGGACGCGCACGAGCGGCGGCACGCCGUCUCCAGGCACAGGCCCGAGCGGCGACCACACCACUGGCUCGGGCUACCACAUCUUCACCGAGGCCACUGGAACGUACAACAAGCUGCACCGGCUCGAGAGCCCGCGCUUCUCGCUCCAGCAGGACGCCACCCUCUCCUUCUUCUACCACAUGUACGACUCUUACAGCUCGGACAUGGGCACCCUCUCCGUCGAGACCUACAACAACGAGACGGGCUGGUCGACGCUCUGGAGCAGGAAUGGCAACCAGGGCAAUAGCUGGCUCGACGCGGCGGUCAUCCUACCCGCCUCGACGACUCAGGUGCGCUUCAACGGUGAGACGGGGCCGGGCUGGAGCUCGGACAUGGCGCUGGACGACGUCUCCUUCUCGCAGUUUGCGCCUCCGUCGCUGCCGCCUCUUCCGCCCUCUCCGCCACCUCUUCUACCCGACAUGGUGCAGCUGAGCUGCGAUUUCGAGGGUGACAUGUGCGUCUGGAACGACACCGCGCCGGACGGGUACACUUGGACGCGCACGAGCGGCGGCACGCCGUCGCCAGGCACAGGCCCGAGCGGCGACCACACCACUGGCUCGGGCUACUACAUCUUCACCGAGGCCACUGGAACGUACAACAAGCUGCACCGGCUCGAGAGCCCGCGCUUCUCGCUCCAGCAGGACGCCACCCUCUCCUUCUUCUACCACAUGUACGACGCCUACAGCUCGGACAUGGGCACCCUCUCCGUCGAGACCUACAACAACGAGACGGGCUGGUCGACGCUCUGGAGCAGGAAUGGCAACCAGGGCAAUAGCUGGCUCGACGCGGCGGUCAUCCUACCCGCCUCGACGACUCAGGUGCGCUUCAACGGUGAGACGGGGCCGGGCUGGAGCUCGGACAUGGCGCUGGACGACGCUAAGCUCCGCUCCCUGAUCGCGGAGGCUGCUGUUUCGCAAGCCGACGUCUCAAUCUACCUGCCGCCCAGGGCAGACUUCAAGCUGGGCAGCCAUAUCAGCUGCGGCUCCGACAUCAACGUGACCGUCGCGAGCAGCGGCGAGGGCGCGACGCUCGACGGCCAGGAACAGACCAGGCUCUUUUACCUGUCGGGCGGCUGCAGCCUCACCCUGCGGGGGCUGACCCUCGUCAACGGGAGGACGAGCAUUUACGGCGGCGUUGUGUACGCGGACGGCGCAGGCGACGUCGAGAUCAUCGAGUCGACGAACGGCGGCGUCGUCUACGCGUCUAGCAGCGGUGCGGUCUCGAUCAUCGACUCGACGGUCAGAGACUGCUCUGCUGUCUCUGUGCGCCGCGUAGAGCUAGCCGCCCUGCAGCGCCUCACGGCAGUGGGGCGAGAGAUGAAGAGGGUCCACGGCUGCCUCACCCCGCUCUCCUCGCAACCGCAGUCCGGCGGCGUCGUCUACGCGGAUCAGAACAGCGGUGUGGUCUCGAUAAUCGACUCCGAUGUGAGGGACUGCUCGGCUGGCAAUGUGCGCCGC